AUGACAUAUCCUCAAGGAGAUCGUAAAGGAGAAAUAAUUUCUAUCCAUUUACAAAAAAAGGCGUAUGAGUUUAUAAAUGCUAGUUUUAAUAAAAAUAAUCUUACUAUAGGUGCAUUAGAAUUAAAAAAUAAAAACUUGAAUCAGCGUUUAAAAAAACUUAAGUCUUCUCAUUCACUUUCGGUACAAGUAGCAAGAGCCAAACAAUCUAAAAAAAAACAAAUUUCAAAAAUUCGGUCUUCUAUUCGCAAAGCAAGUAAGGUUCAUCCUGCUCAAUUUCAACAAGAAGUUAAUAAGUUAUUUAGAGCUAAUAAUAAUGAAUACAAUGCGAAAUUUGUGAAAUUGGCUACUGAUAUUAACUUUGAAAAUUUUCGUGUAUUAUUAUGUGCUGGAAUAGAAAGUGCACUAAACGGGUUUACUAAAUGGAUGGAAACCUGGAUUCAUUUACCUCUCAGCGUUUGCCAAUUAGGUGGUGUAGAUGGACCCGAGUUCGCUUGUGCCUUUUUAAAUGUAUUUUUUGAUAAAACUUUUUUAAGGAUUUCAACUUUAAAAGAGACAUUGUAUAUCAAGCUUCUAAAAGAAGACCUGUUUAAUGGACAUUCAAAUACAUUUGAAUUAUUAGAAGUAUUAGCACACCGUGAUUUUUUUGAAGAAUUUAAAAAAUUUGCUGAUUCUGAUAUAUCAGAACUGGCAAAGUUCCCCCUUAUCUAUGUGUUCAUUAAAUUUCGGAUAUGGAGCAUUGUUGCUCAGCUAUAUGCAGUCGCCGAGGCUUCAAAAGCCGAAACUAGCGGAGGCGAAGGCGUUGAAGUGAUCAAGAACGAACCUUACGAUAAUGGAAGGGGUCAAUAUACGUACAAGAUAUAUCAUCUUUCUAGCAAAGUUCCAACGUUACUCAGAGCAUUGGCACCUAGUGGAGCGCUUGAACUUUACGAAGAGGCGUGGAAUGCUUACCCACAUUGUAGGACAGUCUUGACAAAUGGAUACAUGAAAGAAAAUUUUAAAUUAGUUACUGAAACAAUGCAUAUUGAUAAAAGCCGCGGCGAAGUAGAAAAUGCUUUGAAUAUUUCCCAAGAUCUACUUGAGAAACGUCAAAUAGUAAUAGUCGAUAUUGCAAAUGACCCUGUUGAUAAGAAAGAUUACCAGGAAGAUUUAGAUCCUACCUUGUUCCAUUCCGAAAAAACCGGUAGAGGUCCAUUGAAAGGAGAUUGGAUUAAAACUGUCACACCGGUUAUGACUUGUUAUAAGCUUGUUACUGUAGAGUUUAAAUGGUUCGGUCUUCAAACUAAAAUUGAAGCAUUUAUUCAAGAUGCCAUGCAUUCUCUUUUUAUUAAGUUUCAUAGACAAGUUUUUGGUUGGACCGAUAAAUGGUUUGGUAUGACUAUGGAAGAUAUUCGUGUAUUAGAAGAUAAAACAAAACUAGACCUUGAGGAGUCACUGUCAAAACCAAUAGAAGUCUCAGAAGUUGAAGCGGGAGAAACGGUGGAUGUCAGGGCUUAA